UAUCCUGAUAUGCCUUCAUACCACAGUGCCGCUGUUACACUUGGUCAUGCUGGUUUUCUGAAAGAACUACUGAAAAUUAUUGAGUGCAUGGGGGAGAAACCUGCUAAAAGAAUAAAAAAUAUGCGUCACAAGAACAGGGACCCUAUUCUUCAAUCUGAUGUGGUUGUGUUUAAUGCUGUACUGAAUGCUUGUGUUCCAACCCAUCAGUGGAAGGGUGUAUCUUGGGUGUUUGGGCAGUUGAGAAAGAAUGGUCUAAAACCUAAUGGAGCAACUUAUGGACUUGCAAUGGAGGUAAUGCUACGAUCUGGAAAGUAUGAUCGUGUACACGAGUUCUUUGAAAAAAAUGAAAGUGGGGAAGCUCCAAAAGCGCUUACUUACAAACUUCUUGGCAGAGCCUUUUGGGAGGAAGGUAAAGUUGAUGAAGCUGUUAAAGUAGUCAGGGACAUGGAACAAAGGGGAGUGUUUGGGAUAGCCUGUGUAUAUUAUGAGCUAGCUUGCUGCCUUUGCAACAAUGGGAGGUGGCAAGAAGCUAUGCUGGAGGUUGAAAAGCUAAAAAAGCUUCCUCGUACUAAGCCUUUGGAGGUUACCUUCACUGGCAUGAUAAUGUCUUCUAUGGAUGGUGGACGUGUUCACGACUGCAUCUCUAUUUUUGACCACAUUAAAGACCAUUUUGUGCUUGACAUUGGCAUCAUAAACGCCAUACUCAAAGUUUGUGGCAGCAAUGAUAUGUUUUCAGAAGCAAGAGAGUUAUUUGAAGAGAUCAAGAGAGCUAAAUCUGAUUCUCACCAUAGCUUGGAUGGUUUUGGUUCUUCCCUUAGCCCAGAUGCACACACUUACAGCACAAUGCUUGAGACUUCGGCUAGUGCUCUCCAAUGGGAGUACUUUGAGUAUGUCUACAGGGAGAUGGCUCUCUCUGGAUACUUCAUAUACGGACUCCAAAAUUUCCAUUGCCAUUUUGUUUUCUCCUUUUUUUAUUUGUUGGAACAUGCAUUUGACACUAUGUUGGAAGCUGGUGAAAUACCUCAUCCAUCCGUGCUUACUGAAUUGAUAUGUCAAGCAAUAAUCCAACAUGAUUUUGAAAGAAUUGUCGGCAUAAUCAACACUAUGGCUCAUGCUCCAUUUCAAGCUAGCAAAAAGCAGUGGACAGACCUGUUUGAGUGUAAUGGAGACCGGAUCAGUGAGGAGAGUUUGAAGGAACUGUUGGAUGCUCUCAGUAAUUUUGAUUAA